GAAAGAGGAGAUGAGGAGGAGGACAGAGGACAUUGGCUCUCUCGUCUGCUCGCUCCUCUGCUUCAUCCAUCCGGUGGCUUCAGGAGCCAAGUCUCCUUCUUUUUGAUCCAUUGAUUAUUCCUACUUCUUUCCCGAUUUCAAAUUCCCCAUUCUUUCGCUCUCCACCUUGAGAAAGAUUUCAUCCCUUUGUAUUCUCACUCGCUUUCCUGAGAAAAUCGCAGAUAUUUUCUACUUGACAGCCUUUGGAUGCUUCCGCCUGAUAAUUCCGUCCCUCAAUGCCUCUCGGUUUCAAUUCUUAGCAGAAUUCAGAGAAUAAUUCCCCCAGAAAUACCCCGCUUUUUUCCGAUUAAAUUCAGGGAAUUUUCCUUUUCCUUGUUUGGUAGCUCAGAAAAUCUUCUUCCAGACCCGCCCAGGCCCAGGUGAAAAUUCGGCUCCGAGAACCACUUCUCGUCCAUCCAUACCUCCUGAUUUCAUAUACCCACAAGCUUUAACGGCGAAAUUCUCCGUCUUUUCGCGGUAACUCCGCCAAAUUCUCAAUCCGAACGACAAGGCGACAGCGAAGCAACGGCAUGGCCUCCGGCGGUGGAGGAGAAGCAGCGUCGUCGCAGCACCGCGUCGAGCGCUCAAACACCCACCGGAGUGGACAAGCUCAGUCGUCUGGGACCAGAGCCCUAAGGCCGCAGAACAACACCGAGUCAGUGAGCAAAGCCAUACAACAGUACACCGUAGACGCCAGGCUUCACGCCGUCUUCGAGCAGUCCGGCGAAUCCGGCAAGUCCUUCGACUAUUCCCGCUCCCUCAAAACGACGACGUACGGUUCCUCCGUCCCGGAGAAGCAGAUCACCGCUUACCUCUCGAAGAUCCAACGCGGCGGCUACAUCCAACCCUUUGGCUGCAUGAUCGCCGUCGACGAGUCAACGUUCAAGAUCAUCUCUUACAGCGAAAACGCGCGGGAAAUGCUUGGGCUCAUGCCGCAGUCGGUCCCCAGCAUCGAGAAGCCCGAGAUUCUGGCUAUAGGAACGGACGUGCGGUCCCUGUUCACACCCUCCAGCACGGUACUCCUGGAACGCGCCUUCGUGGCCCGCGAAAUCACGCUCCUGAACCCGGUUUGGAUCCACUCUAAGAACACUGGGAAACCCUUUUACGCAAUUCUUCAUAGGAUCGACGUGGGGAUUGUGAUUGAUUUAGAGCCCGCAAGAACCGAGGACCCUGCGCUUUCCAUAGCUGGUGCGGUCCAGUCGCAGAAACUCGCGGUUCGGGCUAUUUCCCAGUUGCAGUCACUGCCCGGAGGCGACAUUAAGCUUCUCUGCGACACUGUUGUCGAGAGCGUCAGAGACCUCACUGGCUAUGACCGUGUCAUGGUGUACAAGUUUCACGAAGACGAGCACGGAGAGGUCGUGGCCGAGAGCAAGCGGGCUGAUUUAGAGCCCUACAUCGGCCUGCAUUAUCCAGCGACCGAUAUUCCUCAGGCGUCAAGGUUCUUGUUCAAGCAGAACAGGGUCAGGAUGAUCGUAGAUUGCCACGCAACGCCGGUUUGCGUGAUCCAAGACGAGAGGCUGACGCAGCCUCUGUGCCUUGUGGGUUCGACUCUCCGGGCUCCUCAUGGUUGCCACGCUCAGUACAUGGCCAACAUGGGUUCGCUCGCGUCAUUGGCAAUGGCUGUCAUAAUAAACGGCAAUGAAGAAGAGGCUGGUAGUGUCGCCGGUGGGAGAAACUCUAUGAGACUGUGGGGUUUAGUGGUUUGCCACCACACGUCGGCUCGGUGCAUACCGUUCCCUCUGAGGUAUGCCUGUGAGUUCCUAAUGCAGGCUUUCGGUUUACAGUUGAACAUGGAACUGCAAUUAGCAUUGCAGAUGUCUGAAAAACGUGUCCUUAGGACACAGACAUUGCUCUGCGAUAUGCUUCUGCGUGAUUCCCCGACUGGCAUUGUCACUCAAAAACCUAGUAUCAUGGACUUGGUGAAAUGCGAUGGGGCAGCAUUUCUUUACCAAGGGAGGUAUUACCCAUUGGGUGUGGCUCCAAGUGAAGCUCAGAUCAAAGAUAUAGUGGAGUGGUUGCUUGCUAACCAUGGUGAUUCAACUGGGCUAAGCACAGAUAGCUUAGCAGAUGCAGGUUAUCCAGGUGCAGCCACUCUUGGGGAUGCUGUGUGCGGUAUGGCAGUUGCUUAUAUCACAAGAAAGGACUUCCUCUUCUGGUUCCGCUCCCACACUGCCAAAGAAAUCAAAUGGGGAGGGGCUAAGCAUCAUCCCGAGGACAAAGACGACAGCCAGAGGAUGCACCCGCGUUCUUCAUUCAAGGCUUUUCUUGAAGUUGUCAAGAGCCGGAGUCUGCCCUGGGAAAAUGCAGAAAUGGACGCAAUUCACUCUCUCCAGCUUAUUCUGAGAGACUCCUUCAAAGAAUCCGAAACUGUGAACACUAGAGUGGCGGUCCGCGCUGAUCAACCAGGUGGGGACAUGGCAGUGCAGGGGCUGGAUGAGCUCAGUGCAGUUGCGAGAGAGAUGGUUAGGCUCAUCGAGACUGCGACCGUCCCGAUAUUAGCUGUGGAUGUAGAAGGACGCAUCAAUGGAUGGAAUGGAAAGAUUGCCGAAUUGACAGGGCUUUCAGUUGAAGAAGCUAUGGGGAAGUCUCUGGUCCGCGAUCUGAUCUACAAAGAAUACGAAGAAACAGUAGAGAAGCUUCUUUCUCAUGCUCUGAGAGGUGAAGAGGAUAAAAACGUGGAGAUCAAAAUGAAAACUUUCAGCCGGGAACUUGAAGGGCAGGCAGUGUUUGUGGUGGUGAAUGCAUGCUCAAGCAAGGAUUACUUGAACAACAUUGUAGGAGUCUGCUUUGUAGGACAGGACGUCACUGGCCAGAAAAUCGUAAUGGACAAGUUCAUCCACAUACAAGGUGACUACAAGGCCAUCGUCCACAGCCCAAACCCUCUGAUCCCGCCAAUCUUUGCAGCCGAUGAGAACACGUGUUGCUUGGAGUGGAACACCGCGAUGGAGAAGCUCACGGGCUGGUCCCGGGCCGAAGUGAUUGGGAAAAUGCUUGUUGGGGAAGUGUUUGGGAGCUGUUGCCGGCUAAAGGGUCCAGAUACAUUGACCAAGUUCAUGAUCGUUCUGCACAACGCGAUUGGGGGAGAGGAGACGGAUAAGUUCUCAUUCCCAUUCUUUGACCGUAACGGGAAGUUUGUACAAGCGCUUCUGACGGCAAACAAGAGAGUUAGCAUUGAUGGGAAGAUCACUGGGGCUUUCUGUUUCAUGCAGAUCCCAAGUCCCGAGUUGCAGCAGGCUCUGGCUGUCCAGAGGCAGCAGGAGACAGAGUGCAUCUCGAGAGCGAAAGAGUUGGCUUACAUCUGUCAGGUAAUAAAGAAUCCACUGAGUGGUCUGCGUUUUACAAACUUGUUGUUGGAAGCCACAGGCUUGUCGGAGGAUCAGAAGCAGCUCCUCGAGACAAGUGUGUCUUGCGAGAAGCAGAUUUCUAGGAUUAUCGGGGAUAUGAACCUCGAAACUAUUGAAGACGGUUUGGUGGAGGUAGAGAAAGAAGAGUUCAUAAUGGGGAGUGUGAUAAACGCGGUAGUGAGCCAAGUGAUGAUGCUGGUGAGGGAGAGAGGGCUACAGCUGAUCAGAGACAUACCAGAGGAGAUAAAGACGAUGGCUGUGUACGGAGACCAGAUGAGGAUCCAACAGGUUCUGGCCGAGUUUCUGCUGAGUAUCAUCAAGUACGCCCCCUCUCAAGGCUGGGUCGAGAUCCAUCUCAACCCCAUCCUGAAACAUUUGCCUGACGGUUCCUCCUCCCUCCGUAGCGAGUUCAGAAUGGCGUGCGGAGGGGAAGGACUGCCGCCGGAGCUGGUGAGAGACAUGUUCCAUGGAAGCAGGUGGACGAGCCCUGAAGGGCUAGGUCUAAGCGUUUGCAGGAAGAUUCUGAAGCAGAUGAGAGGGGGGGAGGUCCAGUACAUUAGAGAGUCGGAGCGUUCCUAUUUCCUCAUCGUAAUGGAGCUGGCAGUCCCUCCUCCUCCUAAUCAACGGUCCGCAGCCGCCAGCACGAGCGCUGACAUGAUGAUGGUUUUGCCUUAUUAGUUAGAGGGAGGGUUUUGCCAUGCUGUCGGUAAUUUUUUGUGUCGUCGUAUGAUAUAACCGUAGCUGUAGUGCUAUUUUUAAUUUUGGGGGCAUCUGUAUUAUGAUAUUAACAGAUCGUGCGAGUGUUACUAUUGUGAUAAUUAAGAAUAAAAUAAAAUAAAUCUUUGUGCACAA